AUGAAAAAGCCGCAGCAGGGCGGCCCGACUGAGAUUAUGAUGUUCAGCCUGGCUCAUCAAAGCGAGGCCGACACUUCCGUGGGCAGAAAAAGAGAUCAGUCUCCGCAGCCAGGGACCGACCAGACUGACUACCCACCUCGGCGUGUCAACACGAGCCGAGGAGAAUCCCUCCUUUCGAGGAGACAGAUAAAGUCUUAUGCCCGACAGUCCUAUUAUGCCGGGAAGAGAGUAAUGCACGCCGGAAGUAGGCCGACAGUUGAGCCAACACCCAACAAAAUCUCUUUCACGGACGAGGACGCCUUCCUGUUCGACUACACCCACUCCGACGCCCUGGUGAUCACGACCCCGAUAAAGGCGAUUAAAAUCCAUCACAUAAUGGUCGACACCGGGGCCUAUGCUAGCAUCCUUUAUUAUAGCACAUUCAAGAAGAUGGGGAUCGACAGGAAGGAGGUGCAAUCCUGCCGAGAGCGGAUCCAUGGGUUUAAUGGACAGAUGACAACCCCCGUUGGCCAAGUAACACUGCUGAUCAGGUAUGGGGAGAAGGGGCAGCCUACGCAAACGAUACUGGAAACCUUCAAGAUAGUGGACUGCCCAAGUGAAUACAAUGCCAUCCUAGGCAGGACGACGCUUUACGAGCUGAGAGGCACCGUCUCUAUCUUCCAUUAUUUCUUUAAAUUCCUGACCUCGGAUGGGGAAGGGACCCAUCGGGGAGACCAGAGAGAAUGCCAUGCUUAG